AUGAAUUGUAUCCGCAGGGUAUUUUUCGUUGCCGGUCGGUGCAAUAAGUAUUUUUCUACUGCCACUAAGUGUGCACCGAAAAUUUCUAUUUUGGGUGCAUGUGGCGGCAUUGGUCAACCAUUAGCUCUCCUUAUGAAACAGUCAUUGUUUGUUUCGGAAAUUGCUCUCUAUGAUAUUGCAAAUGCCGCAGGUGUAGCUGCCGACUUGAGUCACAUCGAAACUCGCCCUACUGUCACUGGUCAUACUGGACCUGAUGAAUUAAAGAAGGCUCUUGAAGGUUCGAAGGUCGUGCUUAUUCCUGCCGGUGUCCCACGGAAGCCAGGUAUGACUCGCGACGACUUAUUCUCGAAGAAUGCGUCUGUGGUGGCGGACCUUGCAAGGGCCUGUGCAAAGCACUGUCCUGAGGCGAUGAUUUGUGUAAUUACGAAUCCGGUGAACAGCACGGUGCCGAUUGCAGCCGAGAUGCUGAAGAAGGAGGGUGUGUAUGAUCCGAAACGACUAUUUGGUGUGACGACCCUAGACAUUACCCGAACCAACACGUUCAUCGCUAGUGCCAAGGGCUUGGACGUUUCUAAAGUUACAUGUCCUGUCAUCUGUGGCCAUUCUGGCAAUACAAUCAUUCCCGUUAUAUCUCAGUGCAACCCAGCAGUAUCCUUCCCCCUGGAAAUUCGUGAAGAAAUUACCGCUCGUAUUCAGAACGCUGGAACCGAAGUUGUGAACGCAAAGGCUGGAGCGGGUUCAGCAACUCUUGCCAUGGCCUACGCAGGCGCACGCUUUGCCAACUCGCUUCUGCACGCGAUGAAGGGCCAAGCCAACAUUGUCGAGUGUGCCUUUGUUGAAUGCGAUGUAGCCGAUACCGAAUUCUUCGCGUGCCCUGUUCUCCUUGGGCCAAACGGUGUUGAAAAGGUGUAUGGAAUCGGCAACCUGAUUGAGUACGAAAUCAGUCUACUGAAGAAGGCGUUACCGGAGUUACGAAAGAACAUCGAGAGAGGCAAGAAAUUCGCUUCCUCCUACUAA